AUGCCUCGCGGACCUAAGAAGCACCAAAAGCGCCUCAGUGCGCCCUCGCACUGGCUCCUGGACAAGAUGUCCGGAACCUAUGCUCCCAAGGCCUCCCCCGGUCCUCACAAGCUCCGGGACUGCCUGCCCCUGAUCGUCUUCAUCCGCAACCGUCUCAAGUACGCUCUUAACGGCCGCGAGACCAAGGCGAUCAUGAUGCAGCGUCUGAUCCAGGUUGACGGCAAGGUCCGCACCGACCCUACCUACCCCGCGGGUUUCAUGGACGUUAUCGGCAUCGAGAAGACCGGCGAGAACUUCCGUCUCAUCUACGACACCAAGGGCCGCUUCACCGUCCACCGCAUCCAGGCUGAGGAGGCUGAGUACAAGCUCUGCAAGGUCAAGAAGGUGCAGCUCGGCAAGGGCGGGAUCCCAUUCUUGGUUACGCACGAUGCGCGAACCAUCCGCUACCCCGACCCUGCCAUCAAGGUCAACGACACCGUUAAGGUUGAUAUUGCUACCGGCAAGAUCGCCGACUUCUGCCGCUUCGACACCGGUGUUGUCUGCAUGGUUACUGGUGGUCGUAACAUGGGUCGUGUUGGUGUCGUCACUCACCGUGAGCGCCACGAUGGUGGUUUCAACAUCGUCCACGUCAAGGACGCCAUUGACAACACCUUCGCUACCCGUGAGAGCAACGUCUUCGUCAUUGGCCAGGACAAGCCUUGGAUCUCUCUUCCCAAGGGCAAGGGUGUCAAGCUCUCCAUCGCUGAGGAGCGUGACCGCCGCCGCGCCUACGCCAUUGCCCAGUAA